AUGGGUUCCAUCGCAGGCGUUUCGAAUCUCGGCUUCUCUCCCUUCGCUGACAAGCCUCUCACCCACCGUAUUGAUGGCAUUGCCGCCGCUGACCCGUCGAGGGUCUGGGUGACCGUCCCGACGAGCAACGACCUUAACGGAGCGUGGAGGGAUAUUACUUUCAGCGAAUUUGCUGGCGCUAUCAACGGUGCUGCGAAAUGGAUCGAAAAGACCAUGGGCGUUGGCGAGGCUCGCGAAACCGUAGCCUACAUGGGUGUCAACGAUGUUCGCUACGCCGUCAUCAUUUGCGCAUUGAUGAAGACCAACCGCAAGGCCCUGCUCCUCUCGCUCAAGAACUCCGAAGAAGGCCAAACCAACCUCCUCCAGCGUACCGAAUGCUCGCACUUCCUCCACAGCGAGGGUAUGGAGAAAUACCUGAAGCCGCUCAACGAGAGCGGUAUUCCUGGAUACCAGAUUCCCACUUUCGACGAGAUGGUCAGCGACGGAUCGCAUUACGAGGCACACGGUGGCGUAAAGGAGUUCGAGCAAGUCUUGGUUCUCCACACCUCGGGAAGCACGGGUCUGCCGAAGCCGAUCUACAUCACCAACGGUUGGAUGGCCACGCUUGACCAUCAGAAGUAUAUACGCUGCCCGGACGGACGUUUGCCCGGGUUUGAGGGCUUUAUGAAAUCGGACACGACCGCGCUGACUAUGCUACCAUUCUUCCACACCAUGGGUGUCAUCAUCAUUCUUCGUUCAGUGUACUCCGGCACGCUUGUCCUUCCCCCGCUCGGUCGCAUUGCCAACUCGGAGCUCGCAAUCGACAUUCUGCAGCUGAAGAAGGCUUCGUGCGGUCUCUUUGCUCCUUCCAUGCUGGAGGAAAUUAGUGAGACUCAGAGGGGACUUGACGCUCUCGGUUCCCUCGAGUUCGCCUACUUCGGCGGAGCUCCUCUUGCCAAGGAAGCCGGCGACCGGAUCACCAAGGUCACCAACCUUAACCCCGUUAUCGGCUCAACCGAGGCUGGUUUGAUUACCAGUCUGCUUAAGGAAUCGAAGGAGGACUGGCAAUACUUUGAGUGGCACCCCAACUCUGGUGUUGUCAUGGAGGAUGCCGGCGAAGGCCUUAAGGAACAACUCCUCAAGCCUAUCACUGACCCCAAGUACCUCGGUGUCUUCUACACCUUCCCCGAACUCUCCGAGUGGAGGACGAAGGACCUUUGGGAGCAGCACCCGACCAAGCCUGCACUUUGGCGGUACAAGGGUCGUCGUGACGACGUCAUCGUCUUCAGCAACGGUGAGAAGUUCAACCCUGUCAGCUUCGAGAAGACGGUUGAGAACCACCCUCUCGCCAGGGGUGCCGUGGUGGUUGGCCAGGGCCGCUUCCAACCUGCCGUUAUCAUCGAGCCCGACUGGGCCAAGGUCAAGGAGGAUCAGGAUGCGAGCUGGCUCCUGGAAGAGCUGUGGCCCGCUAUCGAGGAAGCCAACAGGGAGGCUCCCGCGCAUGGUCAGGUGUGGAAGUCCAAGGUUGCUUUCACUAAGAGGGACAAGCCCUUUGCCCGCGCUCCCAAGGGUUCUAUUCAGCGCAAGGCCACGAUUGCUCUCUACGAGCAGGAAAUUGAGGCUUUGUACUCGAGCGAGACCUUUGACGAGAAGCUUGGCAAGCUCGACAAGAACUCCGACUUGCUGACGACGAAGGCUUUCCUGCGCCAGGCUUUCGGCUUGGCUCUUCCGCCUUUCCAGGGUGACGUUACCGACGACACUGAUAUCUUCGACUUGGGUGUCGACUCGCUGCAGGUCAUGGCUCUUGCCGGCACCCUUAGCCAUGCCAUCAAGGGUGAUGGAGAGAAUGACCGUAGCACGGCUGUUGUCCCCCGCGAAAUCUACAGCAACCCCACUGUGAACAAAUUGGCGGUGGCCCUCCUGGCCAAGUUCUCUAAGGUUGAUGAGGGCCCUGCCAUCCCUCGCGAGCAGGUGAUGACGGAGAUGAUAAAGAAGUACACGGAAGACCUUCCUCAGUCGGCCGCUCCUCUGCCCGCUCUGCCUGAGAAGGAGACGGUCCUCCUCACCGGUUCCACUGGUUCUCUGGGCAACUACGUCCUCGAGACCUUGAUUGCCUCUCCCUCUGUUGAAAAGGUCUACUGCCUCAACCGCUCCGACUCCGCGGAAAAGCGCCAGGCUCAGAGUUUCACGGAGCGCGACGUGCCGGCCGACUUCUCCAAGGUCACUUUCCUGCGCACCGACUUCAGCCAGCCCCGCUUCGGCCUGUCGCAGGAGGUGUACGACGAGCUUGCCAAGACGGCCACCACCUUCAUCCACAACGCGUGGGCAGUCGACUUCAACCACACGCUCGAGUCGUACGAGCCGACGCACAUUGCGGGCACGCGCCGCGUCGUCGACUUUUCGCUGCAGAGCCAGCACCGCGCGCACAUUGUCUUCAUCUCGUCGAUUGCCAGUGUUGGCAACUGGCCGACGCUCGGCAGCGGGCCGGUGCCGGAGCGCUUCUUUGAGGAUGAGCGGGCGCCGCUGCCGCAGGGCUACGGCGAGUCGAAGCACGUGGCGGGCCGCAUUUUGGGGGUGGCGGCGCAGCAGGCGGGCGUGCCGGCGAGCAUUAUACGGUGCGGACAGCUGGCGGGCCCGCGGCAGGAGAAGGGAUGCUGGAACCGGCACGAGUGGCUGCCGAGCAUCGUGCACACGAGCAAGAACAUGGGCAUGGUGCCCGCGAACCUGGGCAACCAGGACAUAGUGGACUGGGUGCCGAUGGACGCGGCGGCGGGGACGGUGGUGCAGGUGACGAUGAGCCGGAACGGGCAGCGCCGGGCGGACGCGGCGGGCACACCGCUACUCGACGUCUUCCACAUUGUGAACCCGCGGACGUGCUCGUGGAACGACCUGGUGCCGGUGAUCCAGGCGUUCUACACCGACGCGCAGCCGAAGGCGGUCAAGUUCGACGAGUGGAUGGUCGCGCUGAAGGCGGUGCCGCUGACGGAUGCGGCCGAGGUCGCGCGCAAGCCUGGUGUGAAGAUUAUCGACUUUUAUGAGGGCUUGAGGGUGCCGGGUGGUGCGUUGCCGCCUAUGGAGACGACGCAUACGACGGCCAACAGUGAGUGUUUGCGCGAGCUGAAGGCGGUGGAUGCGGCGCUGUUCACGAACUGGAUGAAGCAGUGGGGGUUCUAG